UCAGCUAACGACGCAUCUGUUCUCUUCUAGCUGGGAUACCCAAAAUCCGUGGCAUUCAUCGUUAGCAAUGAGUUCUGUGAGCGCUUCAACUAUUAUGGCAUGCGUGCCAUACUGGUGCUCUAUCUCACCCACAAACUGGGCUACAACGAGGAGAUGGCCACGGUGCUCUUUCACGUAUUCACGAUGCUCGUCUACGUGUUCCCCAUCGCUGGAGCUCUCAUUGCGGACGGCUGGCUGGGCAAGUACAAGACGAUAUUGUACCUGUCGAUCGUAUAUAGUCUGGGCGCUAUGAUUGUCGCCAUUGGGGCUAUACCCUUAUCGUGGAUGCCAGUCAAGAUUGUCACCAUUGUGGGUCUUGUGAUGAUUGCUGUGGGCACUGGCGGCAUCAAGCCCUGCGUGUCGGCCUUCGGGGGCGACCAGUUCCGCCUGCCAGAUCAGGCCGCGGAGCUGGCCAGGUUCUUCUCGCUGUUCUACUUUGCGAUCAAUGCGGGCUCCAUGAUCUCCACGGCUGUCACCCCCUUACUGCGCGCAGAUGUGGAGUGCUUCGGGGACGAGGACUGCUACUCCCUGGCCUUCGGGGUGCCCGCUGUGCUGAUGCUCGUCUCGAUGGGGGUCUUUGUGGCCGGCAGGUUGCGCUACAGGGUGCACUCGCCGUCGGGCAACAUGAUCUUCGGCGUUUCGCACUGCAUAUCGAACGCGUUCACGGGCUGGCGCCAGAACCGCCACGAAGAUCCCCAGCCCCACUUUCUCGACUAUGCAGUGCCCCAUGUGGGACCCCAGAUGGUGCAGGACACAAAGUGCCUGAUCAAGGUCCUUCUGCUCUAUGUGCCCUUCCCUGCUUUCUGGGCCCUGUCCGACCAGCAGGGCUCGCGCUGGACCUUCCAGGCCACCCACAUGGAUGGCGACGUGCUCGGCUAUCAUAUCAAGCCGGACCAGAUGCAGGUGAUCAACCCGCUGCUCAUCCUCGCCUUCAUUCCGCUGUUCGACUUCGUCGUCUAUCCGCUGCUCGCUCGCUUCGGCAUCAAGCGCCCGCUGCAGAAGCUCGGCCUUGGCCUGCUGUGCGCCUCCAUUGGCUUCUUUUUGUCGGCGACCGUGGAGCUGCAUCUCGAGCGGAUGGAGCCGAAGGCUGCGCCCAAGUUCCCCGACGUGGUCCACCUACGCCUCUACAAUGGGAUGCCGUGUAGCUAUGAUUUCAUCAGUGAGCACGAGGCAGUUGCCGACUCCAUCGAUUCGCUGUCCAUGUGGUCCAAUCUGGAGCUCCGCGUGCCUCGGGCCCUGGAGGUGGGCUUUAGGGCAAAGUCUUCGAGCAAACGCUGCCCGAAUAUCGAGGGACGCCUGCACCUUCAGCCAGGCCAAUCAGUCAGCUAUUUCCUAACCAGGGCCGGUCUUCAGGAAUUCUCCGACGGCUUGAGCACUGUGCAGCGCCUCAAUCAACCUCUGCUGCUGCGCACUUUGAUCAACACGCCCCCGGAAGAGGGUCCCAUUCGGCUGAGGGCUCCCGUCUCGAGUCUGGCCGGCGUCCAGCUGGACAUCGGCAAUCUCUCGGCCCUGCACGAAGUUGCCCUCGGCUAUGGCGAGCUCAACAUCAACGGCAAACGGGCCGCUAGCUUCGACGCCACGAGGGGAGGACUGUACAGCCUCCUGGUUCAGGGCAACGCACGCGACGGCUAUGAGUACAACAUGCUGCAGGUGGUGCCCCCCACAACGCUAUCGGUGCUCUGGCAGCUGCCGCAGAUUGUGGUCAUGACAGCCGGCGAGAUACUGUUCGCCGUGACGGGGCUGGAGUUCUCGUUUACUCAGGCACCGAGCAGCAUGAAGUCGGUGCUGCAGGCCUGCUGGCUGCUCUCCGUGGCCAUUGGCAAUAUGAUGGUGGUGGGCAUAGCGGAGGCGAAGCUCGUGGACACCCAAUCGGCAGAGUUUGCGCUCUUCGCCAGCAUAAUGCUGAUCAAUCUGAUGGUCUUCGUCUUGCUCGCACGCAAAUACACAUACGCAGAGGAAUCGCAGUGCAAACCAAAGCCGGUCGUGAUGGCGCCACAGCUGGACAUACCACAGGAGCCCGACUUAUUACAGGAGCCCGCCGAAUCCACCUAUGAGCACCAGAUCGAUGCAUCAUCGGCGCGAUAA